AUGACAGAACACCCAAAGCGCAACAAGGCCCGAGUCGCUGACCUCGCCUCUGGAUUUCCUCACGUCCCACCCUUUGACGGCGAAGAAUCACUCGACAAAUCCCAGAUUGCCUCAGCCUUUAUCAAUGAAUUCUCAUCUGCCGUGACCAGCGCAGAUUGGGACAAAUUCGCCGACCUCUUUGUCGAGGAUGCUUGGUGGAGAGACGCCCUCACCCUCACAUUCGACAAGCGUACGAUCCAUGGCCGAUCCGCGAUACUGUCAGCAUGGAAGACUCUAUCCGAAAAUCACAAUCGCAAACCCACAGAAUUCUCGGACAAUCCAACAGGAAUUUGGGGCAUGGCUCCCCAGUACAUGCGCUUUUCCCCUACGCUUGCUUGUCUGGACGUGCCUUUUGGGUUUUGCACAAAAGAGCCGCGCUCCAAAUGCAUUGGCCAAGCGAAACUCGUCCGUGUAGAUGGGAAGUGGCUAAUCUGGAUCUUGAGCACAGCCGUCCAAGAACUAAUUGACCACCCAUUUGAGCACCUCCCUCGCCUAUCCAAGUCCUCCAUCGACAGCUCCCAGCGAGGCAACCCAUCUGCUCAAGGUCUACCCAAUGUCUCUGGUGUGCUCGACGCCGUUGUCAUCGGAGGAAGCUCCAGCGGUUUGGCCAACACAAUCAUGCUCGAUUCCGCUGGCGCCGACGUUGCUGUCUUUGACGUUGAGCUUGAGGCGGGCGGGAAUUGGUCUACGUCGCGAUACUCCAGUGUUGUGCUUCAUCACAAUAGGAGCAUGGUGCAGCUGCCCAUGUUUCCCAUCCCACCUGACAGCUAUCCAGAGUAUAUGGGAGGCAAAGACCUGACAAGGUACAUGUCAUCCGCUGUAGAACAACUCAAGCUUCCAUUUUUUGGCGGCAUACAAGUCGUCGGGAGUGUCUGGCAUGAGGAUGCCCAGCAUUGGACAAUUGACCUCAAAGACAUUCAAUCUGGCAACACAUCCACCAUCAAAGCCAAAAACCUCAUUCUGUCCAAUGGCUUUCUCAUCUCAAAGGCAAACACUUAUAUCCCACCUCUACAAGGUCGAGAAAAGUUCCGGGGCCCGGCCCAGCAUACGUCCGAGUACCGCGACGCAACCAGUUACAAAGACCUGGAUGUAAUUGUCGUCGGCUCCGGAAACUCUGCGCACGACGUAGCCAAAGACCUUGCCCUCAACGGCGCAAAGAGCGUCACCAUGCUACAGAGAAGCCCAACGACACUGCUAGACUUUGACAUUUUUAUUUCCAUCGUUUCGAUGCGCUACCAAGGCCAGAUGCCUGUCGAAGCAGCAGACUUUCAGGAAAACUCUCUGCCAUUGGGCGUAAUGAGAGACAUGGCUAGUGGUUUAAUGUCAUCCCUCAAUCAGACCAUGGAACCCCGCCACAAGCUCCUCCAGGAGAAGGGCUACCAGAUCGAAAAGCAGGUUUGUUUGCCCUGCAGAGCAUUCGAGGAACGUGGGCGGUCUAUCUACAUUGAUCAAGAAAGGGUGUUUGACCUGGUCUUGUCGGAUCGCAUCCGGAUUGCCACGGGCGAAGCAAAGGGUCUGACAGAACAGGGACUCGUUGUGUAUGACGAGGCUGAGGAUAAGUCAAAGACGAUUCCAGCUGGAGGCAUUGUAUUUGCGACGGGCUACGAGAAUGAGGAUUUGCCCAAAAAGUACGCCGAUGCUGGGUUUAUUGAUAGGGAAUCAGCGGGUAAGCUUGAGAAUGUGUGCGCACCAUGUGUUGACGAGGAGGGCGAGCCUCCGGGCUACGUGACAUAUUCCGGUCAUCCCCAUCUUUACUUUGCUGGCAUUGGAUUCUGGAUGUGUCGAUGGAUUAGUCGCUAUGUCGCUGUGCAGGUUAUGGCUGAUGUGAUGGGCACAUUCCCUGAACGCUACGCGCGGGGUUGA